GGAAUAAUAUUAAGUAUUCGGAGCCAAAGUGAGUGCAUGUGAAACCUGAAAGCCUUCCGCUAAAUACAGGGUGGCCGGAAUAAAAUGCAACUAAAUUCAGAUCGGUAGGGAAAAGUGCCCAUGCUCUAUACGGUCCUAAGCUGCAUAAUGACUAAAUUUGCCCCAUGUCUCUGAAUAAAUGUGACUCUGCAAUAUAUUUUAAAAACAGGACACUAGUUUUUAAAAUAUAGGUGCGAUGAGUCACAUUUAUUGAAAAACGUAGGAAAAAUUUAGUCAUUAUAAAGCUUGGGACCGUGCAAAGCAUGGGCACUUUCCCCUAUAAUUAUCAAACCACUCGUGACCGCUUGCUUAUAGUUUGUAUAAUAGUAGUUCAUUUUAUUGGCUGAAAGCCUAUAUAAAAAAAUUGCGAAAUUUUUUUUAAUCAGUAAUAGAUUUUAAACGUGAUACGCGUGAUUGGGAAGAAAAGACACAAGCGGCUUUCAUUAACCUUUUAAGGACAAUUGGAACACCGGUGUCCCAUAAAGAAAAUAAUUUUUCCUGAAUACUUAAAGUUAUUUUUUUCUUAUGUCUAUUCAUAAUUGAAAAGUAGAAGGUUGAAGGAAUCUAGGAUAUAUUUUGCAAGUCUCUAGCUAUUUACUAUGUAGUAAAUAUUUAAGCUCAAAAAUGGCGAGUUUUAAAUUCUCAAAUUCAUAAUUGAUUUUAUUUAUUUUUUAUACUUCCAUUUUUUUUAAGCAAAACCCUUUUGGCAAUAUAAACUACAAUACUCAUACGUAAUAUUUUUCAUUAAAGCGAAAAAUAUUAUUCAUUCGUAUUGUCAGAAAAAUUACUUCAAUUUUUGGGCUAUUUUUGUCCCUAUCCGUUCAUAGAAGCAUAAAAUAUACCGAAUACAAAAUCAGGCUCUGUUGGACUUUCCAAGACUUUUAUCAUUGAUUAUAUUUUUCAGUUUAAUUUUUAUUCUUGAUUUUCAGUCCGUAAAAAGUGUCUCGUCGUUAAACGGUUUAAACCUUCAAAACCUAAAUGUGAUUGAUAAAAUCUUUUAUGUUUUAUGUUUAUUCCGACCACCCUAUAAUUUCACUAUCUUAUAUAGUUGUAGAAGUAAAGAAGUAAGUUAAUAACGACAAUAAUUUUGCUUAAUAUUGCUUCAAAGAGUUGCUUCGAAAUGCAUCAAAUAGCAUUUAACAAAUUUAAACGAUGGAUAUGUUAGAAAAAGGGUCUGAACCUUUUUCCCACGAUUUUUUUUUCAAUUAUCUCAACCAAUUAAAAAAAAUACUUUUUUUUAAAUUGUUAUGUUCUGUGGUUUUUUUCUUUGUAUUUUUAUGAAGUAGGGAAAAUAGGGUAGUAGUGUAAUUUAACAGCUGGUUGUUUCGUAUUGAUAAAAAAUAGGUCUUAAAAUACCCCUUUCCAACGUAGUUUGCAUUAUAAUACAAAAUAUUUAAAAACUAAGUACAGCAAUAUUGUUCCAUAGCUAAUUUAAGUUUGGCGUAAAAUGUUAGGGGUGUAGUUUCUCUAUUAGAACUUAUAUAUUUUCUUGGUCUGAAAUACUACUCUUCACUAAGUCAUUGGCGAAACAAAAAUUACAGCUUAGAUGAAACUUAAACACAAUUUACUGGACUUUCAAGCUAUAUAGAAAUAUCCACAACUGCCCCGUUCUCCACGAGAAAUAGCAAAGAAAAGUUUUGAUUCAAGAUAGCCUUUUCAGAUGGAUUAAGUUUAAACUUUAUGGUUAAAUAAGUAAAAUCAAUGGUGAAAAGUUUCAUUAAUGUCCUUAAUGUUCUAAAAAGUUAAAUUAGCUAAGCUCAUAAAUUUCUCUAGUGAACUUUGUGAAAACUUACAAACGAAAUAGCAUUUGAGAGAAAAAAAUAUGCAUUACAGCUGUCUUAUCAUAUUCUAAAAUCAAAAAUAAUUAAAUAAAAAAAAACUUUUCCUCUACUGCAUUUCCAUUACACUGGAGUAUGCUUUCGCUAAAAUAUUGUGAUAAUAAACGCGCAAGAACCACUAGAGAAUUUUUUUUCUGCGUGUCAACAGUCAACAACAUUUGUACCCGAAGAGUGGUGAAUUGAGGUUUAUUUAUCGAAGCAUGUGCAGAUGGACAGGGCGACCACAAAUAAGAAAUCGAUUGUUAUGAUAUUAAUGCUAUUCACGCAUUGCAAUCGACCAUAUAGUGAUGGAAUUCAAUCCCUAUGAAUUAUCAUAUCACGAUUCUUAUAUACGUAAUUCUUGGGCACUCAUCCAAGAGAUUUCGGGCUGUUGCUUUCUUCUCACAAGUAACUUUUGAACACAUAUAUCAGCACAGAAGUACAAGAAAACACAUAUAGGGUUUUGUCACAAAUCACUCAUCGGAAAUCCCAUAUCAUGUGGCACUUUUUUUUAACAAAAAUCUCGUAAAUCAUUUCUAUUUCAGAGGAACUUGUUGUGGGAAGACAAAAAAAGAAAUAGGAAAUAUUUAUGUUAAGAGUUGAUAAAGUUGGAUAAGACAAAAAAAAAUUGUUGAUGAUUUCUGUUGCGUGUCACAAUUUAUUAGUUUUGUAUUGAAAAUCUAAAAGAUGAUGAAACCAUUGAAACAAUAAGAAACAGAUGAUACAAUAAGAUUUGGUGUGGGAUAGAGAGGAUAUUUUUAUUAUUUUGGGGGUGAGUCAAGAGAAAGUCGCAUCUCCAAUUCCUGAGAAGAAUCAUUGCAUUAGAGAUUAAGUGUGUUAUUAACAAUUAAAGCGCUUAUAUUGUAAGUAGAAGAACAACAAUAUAAUUGUAAGAGCCUUAAGUGUCUUAUUGUUCAUUUGGUUACCAGUUUUAUUGAUACCACAAUUUUUUUAAGGAAAGAGAAUGAAUUUACAAAACAUUUAGUGACACAAAAAAUACACCCAUACAAAUUGUAGAAUUUUUUUCCAAAAAAAAAAAAAAAAACCCAAGAAAAAAUACUGUAUUUUGAAUGUGAGAAAAAAAACAGGCAAUUGAUAGAAAAGUUGCUAUUUAUGUUGAUGAAAAAUAUCCUUGUUGUAAAUUGUCAUUUUGGAUAAUGACAAUAAAUAAUGAUGGGAGACAAUAUCGUAUAGAAAUUCAAAUUAUUUCUCAAUGGCAAAAAGAAGUUAUAGUUUGAAGUGUUAAACGAAGUAUUUAGAACAAAAAGAAAAAAACAAUUUGAUGUUGUAUGGUAACUUAGCAUGAAGACAAGUUAAUUGGUGUAAGUGUUCACAAAAGAAAAGCAAUCAUUUGUUGAAGAGAAAAAUUAUUUAAAAAAAAGAAGAGUAAUUGUACGUAAAUUGAUUACAAAGAAUUUUUGAUAAAACAUUUUUGUAUGAUAUUUUUUCAUAAGCUAUUUCUCCUUAAUUUUUACAAGACCAGAGGUCAAUAACAAUUUGAAGAAAAGAUAUUGCAGAGAAUAAUCACAAGCGCGCUAAUAGAUAGAGAUUGUACUUUGUCCAUGUAAUUUGUAUAUUUUAAAAUAAGGAGAAAUUGCAGAUGGUAUAAAAGAAUUUAAAGAAAAAUAGUAACCUGAAAAUAUACAGCUACAAUCCGACCCAUCGAAUACCAAGUAUAGAAGAAAAAAAAGAAAGAAAGAAAAAGCUAGAAUGAUGUCUUAUUUGAAACCACAAAAGCACAAUAUAAAUUAAUAUCAAGGCAACAGCCACAAAAAUCCAUUAUACUGAGAGUGAGAGCACAUCAAUGUCACGAAUAGUUCUUUUAUUCUAUAAGAGAAGCACAAAAGAAAAAAAAUUAACUACACCUUUUACCACCCUCCAUGGUAUUUAAAUGCAAAUGCGCUAAAAAGUAUUGGAAUUGACUAAAAAAAAAAACAACCAGGAAAAAUUUGUAAAAAAAAAAAUGUUUACCAACUAUUUUUGGAUACUUUCUUACGAAUAGAGCAAUCAACUAAGAAAGACAUCAAAGAAGAAAAACCCUUUUUAAAAAAUUCACAAUGCACGGGCAUUUCCAUUGGUCAGACAGGUGGACAAUUGACGGGAAAAGUACAGCUAAAAUCUAAUGAAAUUGUGUCUGAAGGUGAGGGUGAAGAGUCAUUGAGUUGGCUUGUUUUUUUUUUACAUCAGAGAGUCCUCCCCUCUAAGCUCGGCAACAAACAAAUGAAAAAUAGUGUAAAACUCACGCGAAUAAUUAUCUCCAUGAAAUGCCAUUAGUGUCCAUUUGAGAGGACACUGAACGAGCUAAAAUAUUUUUCCAGGAGAGUAAGCGACUCUAUUUUUUUUUUGUACAGUAGGUGAACAUUUAAUUAAUUAGAGACGUACACCACGCAAUUGGUGAAAAAUGUAUGCGGCGGCGGCGGGAGCAUCACUGGGCUCGCGUCAGGCACGAAAACAGCAGCGUCAGCAGAACAACAAGAAUCGUGAGUUACUCAAGCAGGGUCUCAAGGAUAAGUUAGCCGCUAAGGCGGCCGGACCUGCAACACCCACCAAAAGUAGGCCCUUCCACCAGUUGCCGCCGAAUUAUUUGCGAACCCCAUAUGCCCAGAGUCGGAAACUUAGCGCCAGCUAUGCCCAACAUGGCAGUAAGAUGACAGUAGCCGAAGGGGGUCCGGGCAGCCCCCAUACUCCCCACCAUGCCCACCCACACCACCAGCACUUCCAUUCUUAUGACACACAGUGCCAAAAACCGACGUCGCCCACGCCGCCGCAACAUGACAUCCAUCGGCAGCAGCUCAUUAAGUCCGCCACAGCCACCUUCCCCCUAGUUUCGCGUGCCGAUGCAACGCCACCACCAUCACCAGGCCUUACACCGGCCGGCGAUCCGUCCUCCAACCUUCUCCUGAUCAUAGAUCAGCCGCACAAGGAGGGUCUCCAUCCCGUCGCCGACAGCAUCUUCGUAACUCCCGCCACACCGAUCGCCUCCCCUGGGCACGUCACGCGUCAGGGUAGCCCUACACUAGCCCUCCAGCUGCCCGUACCACUGGAGCGCAAGUGCAGCGUCUAUCGAGCCCGCAAGAUGGACGCUAUGGAGCCCACCGAUCCCAAUGCACCAACGGUCACCAUCAAAGUGGACGACGCCUAUGCCGUACCCUAUGCCUACGAUCCACUUCUGCCCAACGGCAAGUGGUGCCCUGCUGAGUACUGCGACUCCGAGCAUAGGCAUCUGGGUGUGUGCACCUGCGAUCACAUCGAGUGUGCCCAAGGAAGAGCCGCAUGGCUAGAGCGUGGACGUCGCUGUAGUGUCCAGGAAAAUACAGCGUCAUGCCACAGAAGAUGGGUCAAAAGGAAUCGAGUUCAUGACUCGUCAAUAGGCGGAUCAUCGGACGACGAUGACCUGCUGGGUGUACUUCAGGGUCCGAGUUCCUUUGCGAAUGCAUUCCUGUACGUAGGAUUAGGAACGGUGGCCAUUGGCCUCGUGAUAUCAUUCGUUGGAACUGGCGAAAAGGGAUUCAAAACUGUCGAAUUAAGACUCAUCGGACCAUCUCUUAUAGGUAUUGGAUUAAUUUGCUGUAUUCUGCGAAUAUUAUUUUGUGUUUGUCCAUCAAAUUGUUUAUCGAGUCGACGAAAUGUGGAGAAGAAAAAUGCCAAAAUUGAUGCUGAUCACACAACAUCACUUUUACGUAGUGAUAAAAGAGUGCAAAUUGCCCGUGGAGGUAAUUCACAGACCAAAUUGCAGACGCAUAAAACAAUGUCAAAAUCCCACAGUAAAACGAUAGAAGGGAUGGAAGCUCUUCGUCAUCUGGCAACAACGUCUUUGUUACUUCAAUCGGAGCCAAAGGUAUCAUCGAACCGAAUCGUUCCUGUUAUUCAGGAGCCAGAAAAGACAGAAGUAUGCUUAAUAAAUUUUGCAGAUGCUCCACUGGAAAUGCACAAUAUCGACUCCCACAAUGUGGACUUGUGCAGUAUUUCGGAUGAUGCUGCGAGUAGCAGUAGUGAUGAAGUGGAAGGUGCCUGUGGUGGCACAGAUCUAAUAGGCGAUACGGUUUCAAGUACACCCCGGGAUGCUGCGGAGGCUGUCCCGGAGCGUCUACCGAGCCUGCGACUGAGUAAGCUGCAUCGGCAGCGAACGCGUAGCAAUCAGCCGAUGGUAUCGCUUCCGGGUGACGUGGCUGAGACACAUCUCGAGGCGGAAACAUCACUGAUGCUGCCGCCAGAGACGCCAGCCACGGCGACAUCGCGACUCGUGUCGCCGCCGCUCAAUCCACACCUCAAGAGUCGGUACCCCAGCCCACUCCAGCCACCGCCAUUCAAUGAACAAUCAGUGACGAAUUUAACUUCCAUCACCCUUCCGACAUUGCCAGGUGAAGCUGAAUUAGUACUUAGUCCCUCUAAACUCGGUCAGUGAUGUGCAAUCAUACUAUUAAUCCACUUUUCAAACGUAUAAACAAUUUUAAAAGACAAAGCGACAGAGCACACGAAAGGGAUGCCCAAAAUGGCAUUAGCCAGCAAUUGAUUCCCGAAAGAGAUGUUUGUUGUUAGACAAGUUUAUUGUGGAAAAAGUUUAUGUGACGAUUAUUGGAAUUGCGAAUGAAUUUAGAUGAGGAUGCUAAUAAUAUAAAAAAAACUUAUAUUUAAUUUUGCAAUGUGGAUAUAUUGAGAAAAAAUUGCUGCUCCUUAUAGAUAAUAAUUAAAAAAAUGUAAAGAUUUUUAAGACAAAAAAAAAACUGAAGAAGAAAUAAGAAUGUUAAAAUUAUGUGAGGAAUACGAAUUGAAUUUCGAUGUGACGUAAAGUUUUCAAUUUCUUCCCACUCCUCAAAUAAUUAAAAGAAAAAGAAAGAAAUACCAAUUUUCACCCCAAGAAUUUGUGAUAAUUUUACCAUUAAUAAACUUUUCUUCCUCAUUUUUUUUUAUUCACAUACUAUCCUUGUACCUCUCUAUUUUUUUGCAACAUACUUUUCCAAACCCCAAAGAAAAACAGAACGAAAGAAAAAAACUCAACUAGAACCCACUGAAAAUGCAUUAAAUGAGCAACAAAAAACUAGGUAACAAAAUAAAAAACUUUCUUUCUCUACACAACCAAUAAUAAAAUUCAAAUAGAAAUAUCUAAAAAGCUCUAUUUAAAAAAAAAGCCCCAAUUGUACCUUGAACAUGGAAAAACUCUCUAAUCUAUGUGUUUUUCAAACAUAUCUUUGUAUUCAUGAUUUUCAUUUUUAAACAAAAUAUUUAUCAUACGAGUCAUAUAUAUUUAUUUUAUAACAUAGAGAAGAGAAGAAAUAUAUUUAAUUUAAUAGACAAUUCAGAUGGAAAAAAAUGUAGAAACCCUGAAAAUUGAAAGUAAAGGACGACGUAAUUCUGAAAAA